AUGACGUGCGAUGAGUUUGCCCAAGUUGUGGACAGCUUCGAUGGGGAUGAACCAACAUUCUGGCACUUCGAGGGCCGCAUCCCGGAGACUACCCUCGCAUGCAUGCGUCUACUCCGACAGAAGCUGCCCAAAGCAAAUAUCAGCGUCGAGAUUGAGAAGCCCGGUAGAGAGGGAUUAUCACAACUCGCGGAAGAAGCUGAUGUUGUCUUCUAUUCCCGGACGUGGGCAGAGAGCCGAGGACACACGUCUGCCAAAGCAUGUCUCACAAAAGAACGCCGUCAUCAAGGAUCACUCGGAUUGUGCACUUGGGGUGCAGACGGGGCGACUAUCAUGUCUCAGGCAACCGGAGCCUGUCUUCACUGCCCCGUGGAGAGCGAGUCCGGCCAAAUAUCCGUUAUAGAUCCUGUCGGCGCUGGCGAUACAUUCAUUGCUGGAAUGCUUCUCAGCUUGAUACGCAACGACUUUCCCUUGUCGGAUAUCGGCAAAGCGGCAUCAUUUGCCGUAAGGCUAGCGACCUUGAAAGUCCAGAGGGAAGGUUUCGGGGGACUUGGACUGGAUAUUUCGUCACGAUAG